AUGGUCAAUUACACUACUGAAAGAGAUCCCGAUGAGAUUCAGCGAGGGGGGAACUUGGGACAUCUACGCCUCCGGCAUAUCGAGACAAACGAGAUAAUAUUGAUCCCAACGCCCUCUCAGGAUCCAAAGGAUCCCCUCACCUGGUCCAAGGCGUACAGAAUAUAUCUUGCACUACUAGUAUGCCUCGCCAUGUUCUUCUGCAACUUCCUCGCCGCGGGCCCAACCGUCGCCAUCGUCGAUAUCACCAUUGACUUCACCGGGGUUGCUCCUCCCAUGCCCGGAUUCCCCGCAGCCAUUGCGAAAAUCUCAUACCUCUUCACCACCACUGCCCUGCUGCAGGGCACUGGUAACUUGAUCUGGAUGCCAUUGAUCAUCAAAUAUGGCAGGCGGCCAGUGUAUAUCAUUUCUUUUGCCGCAUACACGGCCACCGCUAUCUGGGCUGGAGUUUCAAAGAGCUAUGCAAGUGAGCUUGCAUCGAGAAUUCUUAUGGGAUUCUUCGCCGGGGCAGGAGAGUGUGUUGCCCCACUCACCAUCUCUGACAUUUUCUUUCUACAUGAGCGAGGGCUCUUCAUGGCGAUGUACACUGUCGCGUUGUCGGCCGGUGUUUCGGGCGGUAUAAUUGUAGCUGGACUCGUCACCAUCACCCAUUCCUGGCGGUACAUCUACUAUAUCGCCACUGCCCUCAUUGGUGCUCUUACUAUCCUGGUCAUAUUGACACUCCCGGAAACCUCGUUCAACAGAAGCACGGAAGCUGAGAACGCGACAGCUAUCGAAACGAAAGUCACCAAUUUGCAACAAGAUAUCAACAAGCGCAAUGAGUCGCAAGUCGAGGAAGCAGAGCACAAGACAACGAACCACCAGCCUACUACCUCACACGCUGAGAAGGAGAGCUACAUCCGUAGUCUCCGUCUGGUCGCCGGGACUUUCACGCAAGAGAGCCUAUGGCGUAUCGGUUAUCGGCCUGUGGUUCUGCUACUCCUACCGCCUGUGCUGUGGGCAACCCUGGUCAUGUCAGUGACGAUCGGAUUCCUCGUCGCUAUCUCUGCCAAUUUUGCAAGUGCUUUCUCACAGUUCUAUGGAUUCAGCUCUUGGCAAUCCGGUCUUGCGUUCGUCUCCGGAUUGAUCGGGACAUUGCUUGGUAUCCUGGGUGGAGGCUGGUUCUCUGACUGGCUGGCCGAUGUUUUUACGAGGCGAAACGGCGGCAUUCGAGAACCGGAGAUGCGUCUGCCUGCAAUCACUGUCGCUCUCAUCGCUGGACCUCUUGGAUUGGUGCUUUAUGGCUGCGGAAUCGAAUAUCAUUGGCACUGGAUUGUCCCUACAAUUGCUCUCGGAUUGCUAAGCUUUGCCAUCGCACAAGGAACAAACGUUUCGAUCGUCUACAUCAUUGAUUCAUAUCGUCCCAUCGCAGGCGAGACUGUGGUCACACAACUAGCCUUCAAAUCGGCCUUUGGCUUCUUGUUAUCAUUUUACACCAACCCGUGGGUCGAACUCCAAGGUUACGCGCGGUCGUUUGGCACCAUGGCGGGAAUCUGCGGAGGCGUACUUCUGAUGUGGGUGCCGCUUUUCUUCUACGGUCGCCGAAUUCGAAAAUCCACCCUGCAGUGGAGGAUGAUCCAGAACCUGAUGCAGUGGGAUAAGGAUAGAGAAGUCGGCGAGUAA